CACUGAAUAACACAGCUCUACCUAAAAGCAGGAAGUACAUUAGUGGAUCAUCCCUCCAAACCACAUGCAGCCGACACAGAAAAACAAAACCUACAAAUUUAUAUUUUUGGCGCAGAUGUGGAUUUUUUAAUGUUCUGCUGAGGCGAGCAGCCGACACCUGUAAUCUUCAUAUCGCUGGACGCGUUUGGGCAAACAAGAGCAUGGGGCAGCAUCUUGGAAAACAUGAGCCACUUACUGUUCCCAAGGGAUCCUCAACAGUAUCUGAACACAUCCCAACAGACUCACCGGAGUCACAGGAUGAGGUAUUUGGACUGGGGGAGGCGGACCUCAACCAGAACAAUGGGUGCUCCAGCAAGAGUCCAGUGGUGACUGACUCCAUGAACGCUGCAGUAGAUCACAGCAGCUGGAACCAUCCGAACACAGCCGACCCUGAUGCCUCGGAGCCCCGCCCACACUUGGUCCGCCUCUUUUCUCGAGAUGCCCCAGGUCGCGCGGACAACACCUUCAAAGACCGCCCCUCGGAGUCUGAUGAGCUGCAGACCAUCCAGGAGCACAGCGGUGCUAGUUCAGAGUGUGGUUCCGAUUGUGCAGAGCAGGACCUAAAUUAGAUUUCCUCUUUGCCUACUCUUUCCUCAUUCCUGUUUUGGGAAAGAAAAAAAACCACCGCUGCAGAGAUUAAAGCAGAAACUUAGCAUGGCAUCUGCAAGCUCUUCACAGUCAACAUUCAGGCUGGGCCGCACUAAGAAGAACCCAACUGUUAUGGAUCAGAUCGGAAAGUUCUUUGGAGGGGAUAAAAAGAAGAAGGGAAAGGUGAGGAUUGAGCAGGCAUUCCGAGUUCUCCACAUGAGCCUUUACUACUGUUCUAUUUGCUUGAAUUUAUCUUGACCCGCAAUUAUGGUUUUGAUUUAUGAGUAAAUGAGUUGCGUGUGAUUUUUAUUUCUUUUCUUAUUGACUUUUAACUCUUUAUCUCUACGUUUAUUACAUGCUAAACCUGCUGUCAUAGAGUCUCCAGUAUUGAAUAAAGCUGCGAUUUGAUUUGUUAUAGGAAUUUACUGUGAUUCAGGGAUUCAGCGUACAGUGUGAUGCUUAUAAACACGACUCUUAGCUUUUAUAAAAUGUUCAGAUGUAUUCCAAAUGGCUGUGUAGGAUCAAAUUUGUGUUUUUACGACUUUUCAACAUUUCUGUUGCUGUCAUUGAAAAGUUCUGUACUAAACCGAAAAGAUGGUACGUAUAGCGUAUUGUAAAAAAUGAAAAUCUAUGACUUUUUUCUUAUACAGUGUGUGAGCGAUGAAUAGUAUAUAUUUGAUAGCCAUUUCAGAAUCCGGUUAUCUUCUAACAUCAUGGUGUUAAGGGAGCACCUCAGGGUUUUUCACGGUACAGCAGAGGCCAUUACCGAUCAGUAUGGUGUCUAAAAUGAAUCUGCAUAGUUUUGGAAAUGUUAUUUAACAGUCGUUUGCUUGUGAAAUUAUGCCACUUCUAGAGCCUUAACUUUUGAGAAAAGAAUCAGGUAAAUAUUUUCCUUCUAAAAUAAAGAUAUUCAAGCUGUUCGGUGACAAACGCCAAAGUUGGGAAACUUCUUUGCUUUGUGGGAAAAUAUGAAAUGAGAUCUUGAUGUAAGUUUGGAUUUGUGACCUUAAUUUUAAAGUGCCAUAUGAUGGUUGAAAUGUAACGUUGCAGAUUUACUGACUUGUGCAGCGUGUAACAUUUUGAUUAACUAGUUUUUUUUUUUAUUCAUUUGUGAAUUUUUACUAAUUUUGUGGGGGAUAAUAAUAAAAAUAAUGUUAAAUAAUGUGACCGAGAUUGAGAUGUCAUCGUUCCAGUUGUAUAAUAGUUUUGCUGCUGCUUCAGCCAGAUAUCCCAAACAUGCCUCAGGUUAACUCAUCUCUCCUAUGGAACAAUUUGAUCCUUCAGUGUUAAUACCUCACUAGUAACCCUUAUAGAUUGUGUCCCAUUUGUAACACUUUGUAUUGUAACCACAACAGCAUGUGUAACAUUCUAGAACAACCCUGAAGCUGUUCCUUAUCCCGAUUCUGUCCUGAGCUUUUUGACAUUUGCUUGAUUAAAAUAUAUCUAACAACUUGAA